CGGUCCCGUGACAGCGCGCCGGGGCGCUGCUGCCCAAGAUGGCGGACGAGGAGGGCGAAGCGCGCUCGGCGCCGGCCCCGCACCGCAACAACGGCGGCGGCAGCGACGGGGGGGGACCCGUUGUGCCCGGCGGCCCCCGCGUUGUCCGCAUCGUGAAAUCCGAGUCCGGUUACGGUUUCAACGUCCGCGGGCAAGUGAGCGAGGGCGGGCAGCUGCGCAGCAUCAACGGGGAGCUGUACGCGCCGCUGCAGCACGUGAGCGCCGUUCUGGGCGGUGGCGCCGCCGACCGCGCCGGGGUGCGCAAGGGGGACCGCAUCCUGGAGGUGAAUGGGGUGAACGUGGAAGGCGCAACGCACAAGCAGGUGGUGGACCUGAUCCGAGCCGGUGAGAAGGAGCUGAUCUUGACGGUGCUGUCCGUGCCGCCCCAUGAGGCGGACAAUCUGGAUCCUAGCGAUGACUCCUUGGGGCAAUCCUUCUACGACUACACGGAAAAACAAGCCGUGCCCAUCUCCAUCCCCACCUACAAGCAUGUGGAGCAGAAUGGCGAGAAGUUUGUGGUCUACAACGUGUACAUGGCUGGCCGCCAGCUCUGCUCCAAGCGCUACCGGGAAUUCGCCAUCCUGCACCAGAACUUGAAGCGGGAAUUCGCCAACUUCACCUUCCCACGUCUCCCAGGGAAGUGGCCGUUCUCGCUGUCGGAGCAGCAGCUGGACGCACGGCGGCGAGGCCUGGAGGAGUACCUGGAGAAAGUCUGUUCCAUACGCGUCAUCGGCGAGAGUGACAUCAUGCAGGAGUUCCUGUCGGAGUCGGAUGAGAAUUACAACGGUGUAUCUGAUGUGGAGCUCCGAGUAGCGUUACCAGAUGUAACAUCAGUGACAGUCCGGGUCAAAAAGAACAGCACGACAGACCAGGUCUACCAGGCUGUGGCUGCAAAAGUUGGGAUGGACAGUAUUACCGCAAACUAUUUCGCCCUCUUUGAAGUGAUCAGUCGCUCCUUCGUGCGCAAGCUGGCACCCAAUGAAUUCCCCCACAAACUCUAUGUGCAGAACUACACUGUAGCCGUGCUGGGAACAUGCCUCAUCAUCCGGAAAUGGCUCUUCACUACAGAGGAGGAGGUUCUUCUCAACGACAAUGACCUGGCAGUCACCUACUUCUUCCAUCAGGCUGUUGAUGAUGUCAAGAGAGGCUACAUUAAGGCGAAGGAGAAGUCCUACCAGCUACAGAAGCUGUGUGAGCAGAGAAAGAUGGUGAUGUAUUUAAAUAUGUUACGGACGUGCGAGGGCUACAAUGAGAUCGUCUUCCCCCACUGCUCUUGCGACUCGCGGCGGAAGGGACACGUCAUCACCGCCAUCAGCAUCAAGCACUUUAAACUCCACGCCUGCACCGAGGAGGGCCAGCUGGAGAACCAGGUCAUAGCGUUUGAAUGGGAUGAGAUGCAGCGGUGGGACACAGACGAAGAGGGAAUGGCAUUCUGUUUCGAAUACGCACGAGGAGAGAAGAAACCUCGAUGGGUUAAAAUCUUCACCCCCUAUUUCAACUACAUGCACGAGUGCUUCGAACGGGUUUUCUGCGAGCUCAAGUGGAGGAAGGAGGUGGAGGAGGAAGCCACAGACAAGGAUAACAAGAACUGCAGUAAAGACAAUAUGUGCAGCAAGAACAUCUUUCAGAUGGUCAGGUCACAGCAGAGGGACACGGCCACUUAGCGCCUCGGCGUGGACCAACGUAACCCCCUUCCCUUGCCCUGAUUAACACUUAAAAUUCUGUUAUUGUAUUAAAGCCCUUAAACUAAAUAUUAUUAAUAAUAAUGCCGUUUGUGAACAUCAUCUUUAUGGAAUUACGCAGCCAGGACACAGGGCAGGCUUGGCCAAGGACGGAGGAGACAUCGAGUGGAACGGCAGAGGAGCCACCAAGGGUGCCCACUGCCACCUCCCACUCCCGAGGAUGGGCUCUGCCUCGAUUUUUUUAUGACUGAAACGAGAAAAUUCUUCCCUCUGCUCUGUUCCAGCGUGUAAAUAUAUGAAUGUAUAAAAAAAACCCCACCCCUAGGGAGCUCCAGAUCCGGACACACACGCUGUUAUGUUCCUUUUAACCUUCUGCAGCGCUGUUUUCCCCUUGCAUUUCCACAUGGAUCUCUCCUCCUGACCCAUCAUAGGGCUUAAAACCCAACUUUUUUUGGGGUGGGGGGAACAAAACAGGAAAAAAGGAAAAAAAAAAAAACCAAACCCCAACCCCAAAGCAGCAGCGGCGUGGGGUGAAGUCUCCUGGCACGUGUCCUGUGCUGUUCCAGGCUGUGUUUUCCUGUGGUUCCUCUUGGUUUUGGGUGUUCGCUCGCAGACUUCAAGCG